AUUACAGAUCUGAGAUAAUCGGGACGGGUAUAAAAGAAGGCGCCGGUGAUCGAUCGAUCGAAGUUAGAGAGCCGCAUAAUGAAGUGCCUGACGCUAUUGGCGCUAUUGUUCUUGGCCACGUUGGCCUACGUCCAAGCUGGAAAGGUCACCAUCAAGGGGGAGUGCGUUGACUGCUCCCAUGGACACACCACCACCACUACCACCCACAAACCUUCAACUGGCAAGGGGAAUGGUGGCAGGACUACUGCCAGACCCAAGCCUAAAUCUCCACCGCCCCGCAGGCCAACUUCAUCGGAGGAGGAUGAUGAUGACCUGGCCGGCGGUUGGUCACUGCACCAAUCAGCUGGAGGAUCCCAAUAUAUAGGCAGGCGUUCGAAGCGCCAGGGUCAGUACAUCGAUCUGGGUGGAUCUGGAGGAAGAGGAGGAGGCGGAGGCUGGUCAGGUGGCGUCACCACCUACGAUUCACGUGGCUAUCCCGGCGGAACCUUGGUGCGCAACAGUGAUUGCGUCGGAUGCAAUAUUCGCGGCUAAUAAUCCGGAAUCCGUUACAAUAAUUGCAAAUAAAUAAAAACAAUAAACAAACAAAAACUA